CUUGCUUCACCUUACCUCUGCCCUGCUGACCUGCUCCUUUUCUCUUUUUUCCCCACUGUCUGCCAGGCAGGGAAAGCCCACAGACUGAGCGCCGAGGAGAGGGAGCAGCUGCUCCCAAAUCUGCGAGCUGUGGGGUGGAACGAGCUGGAAGGGAGAGACGCCAUCUACAAGGAGUUCCACUUCAAGGACUUCAAUCGGGCCUUUGGCUUCAUGACCAGAGUGGCUCUACAGGCAGAGAAACUGGAUCACCACCCCGAGUGGUUCAAUGUGUACAAUAAGGUUCACAUCACCUUGAGCACCCACGAGUGCGCAGGCUUAUCCGAGCGAGACAUCAAUUUGGCCAGUUUCAUAGAGCAGGUUGCAGCUUCUCUAUCCUGACUAGAGAGGAACACAAAGUUCACAUCAACGCCUCGCGUCUCGCCCAGAGCCUUCUCCCCGCUCCAUGCUAGCUGCUGGACCCAAACAGUGUACGCCAUCCAAACCCCCCACCGCAGCUCGGCGUUUCCCUGGAUGGAGGCACUUCUCCUGCACUGGGAAGGAAGCCUCUACUGCUUUGUGUACCACCACCUCUGAUCUUGCCACUUCCGUUUUCAAUCCCGUCUUUAUCUGCGUCUGCAAAUUGCUGAACCCGUGGUCCUUUCGGUAGGCAUGCCUUCUACCAGAAGGAGCAAUGUUACACGACUGCACGAGCCCAUCUUUUCACAGCUUGACCCCAUCCAGGCACUGUGCUCUUGCUUCUUAGCUAUGAGAAUAUGCUCUACCACCUGAAUUUAAGGUGGCUUGUGCCCUCUGGUUAUUACUGUAACCCUUUCUCAAGCAGUAUUAAAAGCGGGCAUGUGAUCUCAUCCCUAUUGUAACGGGCCUUUUAGUAGAGAACCACAUGAAAAUGUUUACAAUAAAGUUCCCAGUUAACCUGA